GUCACGUGAUAAAAAGAAGAGCCAUCGGCCAUUCGGCGAGACGUAAGCUUGCAGCUGGCAAUCGGUGGUGUACGAUCAAGAUUUCUGCCGCUGGCAAGCUCUCGCUCAAAAAUUUCCCAGGGAAGCAGCUAUGGCCGACAAGGAACCUCUGUACACUCCCUUCUUCGGCGUCAUGGGAGCCGUUGCAGCUAUGGCGUUCAGCGCGCUGGGAGCGGCCUAUGGCACGGCAAAGUCGGGCACAGGCAUUGCAGCCAUGUCUGUGAUGCGGCCAGAGCUCAUCAUGAAGUCCAUCAUUCCAGUAGUCAUGGCGGGUAUCAUUGCCAUCUACGGCCUCGUCGUUGCUGUACUUAUCUCCAGUACCAUCAAGCCAGACUACAAAUUAUUUUCUGCGUUCCUGCACCUGGGAGCUGGACUUAGCGUAGGACUGAGUGGAUUGGCAGCCGGCUUUGCCAUUGGAAUCGUGGGGGACGCCGGCGUGCGUGGUACGGCGCAGCAGCCCCGGCUGUUUGUGGGCAUGAUUCUGAUCCUCAUUUUUGCUGAAGUGCUCGGGUUGUAUGGUCUCAUCGUGGCUCUGAUCAUGUACUCCCGUGGUUGAGCACGUCAUGCAGCCCAUUCCCCUGCCCACCCUUCCCCCUCUACAAACCACCACCAUUGCGACUCCCAUUCCUGCCCGCCACCUUCCCUUCCAGUACCAGCAUCAUCCUACCUGCCCCCUCUUGGUCGCUUGUCUAGAAUGGUCCCCCACCUUCUCCCCCAGAGCUCCUCUUGGCAAAGCAAGAAGGGAAGAGGUGUAGACGGGUUUUUCUUUUUUUCCGGUGCGACAUUUCUAGGAACGCUUUGAACCCACUGUCCAUGUGUGUAUGGCAUGAUCCUGUCGGACAUCUGUUUUACCACACCGUGCCCUGUAAAAUUGCACUUCCAAGUGGUGUGUGUGCAUGCGUCGAUGUAUUUAUUGAUGUUUACGAAACUUUUGUUUCGUUUUAGUCCCAUACAGGCACAGUUUCUGUUCUUAUUCGAAUGCGCCUGCAUGCAUGUAUUUGUUUGAUCGCUCAAGUCGCACUUGCUAGGUGUGCUAUCUGCUGUCUGAGAGUGCGAGCUUUUUCUUAUCCUCCUGCAUCUCUCAGCUUGCACCUACUGGACGUUGAGCAAAUGGAUAUGCAGAGCUUGUUUGUGGGUCGCUGGCCAGUCACUGUCUGCUGCUUCAUUGUAUCGAAACUCUGCGCCAGUAUUUCAUUUGACGAACCAUCUGCUGCGUCUGGCCGUCGGGUCGCAGACAUUCCAAAGAGAGCUAGCCCAACUUUUCUGCCCUGUGGAUCCAUUUGUUACACCUUCCCCCUUUUGUUUUACUUGUUGAUGGUGAUACUGCAUGUAGUUAACUCACCCUGUUACUGUUCUAUAUUUUUAAUUGUGCUGCUUUACAGAACAAUCUUUUUAAAGCUGGCUGCAGCAUGAAAUAGCCAGCAGUAAUGCCUUGAGUCGGCGAGAUUCACUGGAUGUAAUAGGUGAAGCAUGUGUGCCAGUCAGUCUUAGUGGGAUAAAAUGUGUGGGCGCUCUAGUGUUUGUUUCGCAGACAGCCUGUAACCUACCAGCCAAGGGUACUUGCACUUGUUUUACCUUAAGGCUGAAGUCGGGGCAGUCUGAAAAUUUGUGCGGGUGUCUGUGUGGCAAGGCAUAUCGACUAAAAACGGGAAUGGAUGCUGCACGCUUUAGAUUGCUGCAUUCGAGAAUAUCUUGAGAAAGUUUGGAAGCCACUCAAUCGCACUACAAGUGUGUGCAAGUUUCAGAUUGUCUGCAGACUUGUGGAUUCGCAGAAGCGUACUCGGCUGAGCACAGUGAUGGAAAAUCGUGUUGGACAUGUUUUCCCUGCAAGCGCUCCACAGGAGACUAUCCAGGCUUCCUGCAUCUCCAUGCCAAGAUGUCUUGUAAAAGUCCUAGAAAGCAUGCUGCAUCAUAUGUGUACAUGGCUGAAGUGAGGGCAUCCAUCCUCGUUCUUGUGUGUAGGAUUAUCUCAACAUUGACUGCCACUGGAUUUUCAAAUGCGAAGUUUCGAGCAAGUUGUUGUGCACUAGCAUUGUUGGAGUGAGCAUCUACUUAUGUCCUACUAAACAAGCAUGCACCCUCCAGUUGUUUUUCUCUGCUGCCAUGGGUGCUGCUGCGACAGUGCUGAGAACACAAGUGCCAGCAUGUUAUCACGGAAAAAAAAAGGCACCACCCGAGCGCACAUGCUUAUUGAAAUAUAGAUGUCUGCAUUACGAGUGUAACCAAUUUUUCUGUGUAAAUACAUCGGUAGUACUGUGAUCUGGUGAGCGCAUGUAUGUUUAACAGAGCUGUAAACGGAAUUUUUCAUCUAGGUAUUGUCCUGCAUUAGCGACACAUCUGUUGACGUGACUGUUUUGGAAGUUUAUUAAUUUUGGCCCCCUUUUUUAUUUUUGCUCCAAAA